GGUUCCUCUGGGGUGUUCCAGAAAGGAACCUUUGUGUAUUUAUUUUUCUUUUUGCUUGAUACCUCGAGUGUUUCGUUGGUUUUGGUCCAAAAUUGAAGCAGAAUGGAGAAAUCAGGAGAGCAAAUGGUGGAUGUGAGGUCGGUGGUCGAAGCCAUUUCGACUGAUAAUGAAGAUGCACCUUUGUACCAGGUCGAGAGCCUCUGCAUGCGCUGCACCCAAAACGGAACAACAAGGUUUUUGUUUACUGAAAUUCCACACUUCAGGAAGAUAUUGUUGUCAGCCUUUGAAUGCCCACAUUGUGGUGAGAGGAACAAUGAAGUUCAGUUUGCUGGUGAAUUACAACCCAGAGGGUGUUCUUACAGUCUGCAUUUUUCAGCGGGUGAUCAGAAGAUGCUCAACCGACAGGUAGUGAAAUCAGAAUCUGCCACUAUCAAGAUUCCUGAAUUGGAUUUUGAGAUCCCUCCAGAGGCUCAGCGUGGAAGUCUAUCAACAGUGGAAGGAAUAUUGACAAAAGCCGUGGAUGAUUUACAGGCCCUUCAAGAAGAACGCAAGAAAGUGGAUUCUCAGACUGCGGAAGCAAUAGAUCAGUUUUUGUUAAAAUUGAAGGCUUGUGCAACAGGAGAUUCAUCUUUCACCUUCAACCUGGAUGAUCCUGCUGGCAACAGCUUCAUUGAGAACCCGUUUGCUCCAUCUCCGGAUCCAUCAUUAACUAUCAAGUUCUACAAGCGAAGCCCUGAGCAACAAGCAUCAUUGGGCUACCUUGUUGACUCAUCACAGUUGGGAGAGUCUUGUGAUGAGGAGUCAAUAAAAGAAGUACGGAAUACAUCUUCAAUGAAAAGAGAACCACAUGGAUCAAUUGGAGCCGCAGCCGGCCAUCGAGCUAUUGCUCAGGUUAAUAGUGCAGAGAUUGCUGAAAAUUUGUUUCGAUAUUCUACACCAGAAGAGGUAAUGACUUUCCCAUCAACAUGUGGAGCUUGUGCUGCAAGAUGCGAGACCCGAAUGUUUGUCACCAACAUUCCAUAUUUCCAAGAAGUAAUUGUUAUGGCUUCAUCUUGUGAUGGUUGUGGCUACCGAAAUUCCGAGUUGAAGCCUGGUGGUCGAAUUCCUGAUAAAGGAAAGAAAAUUACUGUUUGUGUGAAGAAUGUUAAUGAUCUAAGCCGUGAUGUAAUAAAGUCAGAUACUGCAGGUGUGAGAGUCCCAGAGCUUGACUUGGAGCUGGCUAGUGGCACUUUGGGUGGAGUUGUUACAACUGUUGAAGGCUUGAUUACAAAAAUUUGUGAAAACCUUGAGAGAGUACACGGAUUUACUUUUGGGGACAGUCUCGAUGAUUCUAAAAGAAGCAAAUGGCAAGAUUUCAGAGUGAGGCUAAGCAAGCUUCUGAGUCUGGACGAGCCUUGGACUUUAAUCAUUGAUGACGCUCUAGCAAAUUCUUUUGUUGCACCAACCACUGAUGAUAUCAAAGAUGACCAUCAGUUAACGUUUGAGGAAUACGAGAGGUCAUGGGAGCAGAAUGAGGAGCUGGGUCUUAAUGAUAUGGACACUUCUUCAGCAGAUGCCGCAUACAACUGAUGGGUAUCGAGUGUAAUAGGAGAAGACAAAUGGCUAAUCUCUUCCUUUGUUGUGAUGAUACUGUAUUGUCACCAUCUCCAGUUGAGGAAUACGAGAGGUCGUGGGAGCAGAAUGAGGAGCUGGGUCUUAACGAUAUGGACACUUCUUCAGCAGAUGCCGGAUACAACUGAUGGGUACUGAGUGUAAUAGGAGAAGACAAAUGGCUAAUCUCUUUUCCUUUUUCUUUUUCUUCUGGAAGGGAAAUGUAUCUUCUAGUUUAACCCCAUGCAGCAUUUCAAAUUGUUUGUGUUAUGGUUUUGAUUUCAAAAAGUAAAAUCUUAGCAAUCAAUGUACUAUUAAUCUUAUCACAUCAUCUGGUGUUGGAUAUGACUGGAAAAAAGUUGCUAUCUGCUCAGUAGAUUUCAGGACAUUGUAUAAUGGACUGGUUGGAAGAAUCACAUUGAUUAUUUUUCUUAAAUUCUAUAAUGCUUUUUACUUA